AUGGAGGUAAUCAAGUCGGUUUUCCGGCCGGACUUCACUUGGCCCCAACCGAUGAAACCGACUAUCAGUAAAACUACGCCCGCCUUGCCAUCUCGCCCGGGAAAGCUCCGACAAAGGGUAUGGGGCCUAUUGCAUACAUGCCUGUCCCACUUCUCAAAAUGGUACACGAGAUGGUAUGGUGUCUAUUCUGAGCCCCAUGUCUAUCAAUUACCCUUCGGACUCAUACUCAAGUGGUCUGAUCGAACCAGCGAAGAAGAAGCUGUCGCCAUGCAAAUGGCACGAGCGGCCGGGAUGCCCGUUCCGAUGGUACUUUCAUACGGAUGGCACCCUGGCUGCUCGUACAACCGGUUUUGGUCAAUAUUGAUGACACGGUUGCCGGGGUUUACGCUCGCAAAUUCAUCCGAUCCUUUGGACGUCGAAGUGGAAGAACCCUGGCUGAGUGAACUGCGAGACUGCAUUGAUUCCAUGCGUCAAUGGACGUCGCCUUAUGAUGCGAGCAUAUGUUCUCCCAUGGGCACUUCCAUACGAAGUUCCCGCGUCCCAGAUCAUAUUAUGGGCCCUUUCCCCACCGAAGCAGAGCUACAUGAUUUCCUUCUGAGUCCUGCCUCCGGGCACGGCUUUGAUUCAACUCAAGAGUAUAUCGACGCAUUGGCCCAGGCGAAUGAGAUACGCAAAAUGCCGCACCGUAUCACGUUCACUCAUGGUGAUUUCAAAGCUCACAACAUCAUGGUCGGAGAUGAUAAUCAGCUUACUGGAAUUCUUGAUUGGGAAUCAGGCGGAUGGAUGCCGGAGUACUGGGAAUAUACAACUGCUCUGAGAUUUGGAAGGAGAAGCUGGUGGGGAGAGGUAGUCACCUGGUUGGGUGGAGACAAAUACAGCCAGCAAUUGACGUGUGAUAUUGCACUGAAUUCGUUGACCGUCGACUCUUACAUAGCCUUCUAG